AUGUGUAAGCCUAAUUUUAGUUCUCUAGGAUACGCAGUACCACCGCUUCCCGAACCACACUUACCAGAACCAAUCAAAGUGGAAAGGGCAACGUACAACACAAAGAAACGCAAGGAACCCCCAGACAGUGAUACAAAACCAUCCAGCUCAAUAGAAAGUGUUAUACAACCAAAUUCGACUAGUGGGCCACAAUCAAAAUCUUCCAAAAGGUCGAGGAGGUAUAGUAACGCUGAAGAAGAAGAAAUAGACGAUCCCAGCAACAAGGCAGUACGUGAAAAAGAACGUAGACAGGCCAACAAUGUUCGUGAGCGAAUACGUAUUCGGGACAUAAACGAAGCGUUGAAGGAAUUGGGAAGAAUAUGUAUGGCACAUUUGAAAACGGAUAAACCCCAGACAAAACUUGGCAUACUUAAUAUGGCAGUUGAAGUUAUAAUGACGUUAGAGCAACAAGUUAGGGAAAGAAAUUUGAAUCCAAAGGCAGCUUGUUUGAAAAGAAGAGAAGAAGAGAAAGCAGAAGAUGGGCCAAAACUAGGUCCUGGACCACCACAUCACAUGUUGGGCACCCCCCACUACUCCACCAUAACGGGUCCCCCUACCAACUUGCCUCACAAUCCGGGUCAGCCUCAAUAGCAUUGCUAGUAAAUUUAUCAAUGGCAGGUUAUCAAUGGCACCUGUACAUACCCACACUCGUACAAACGGCCAUCAUUUCUUCAUCAAGCAUCAAUCAUGAACAAUAUUAUAUUUUUUUAAGGAUAUUCUGUGAUACAAGUACUUAAAUAUUUGAACUAUAAUACAGUUUCCUUCUUGUUAGAACUUGAUCAGAAUUUUUGAAUAUAUUGUAGCGGUACUUUUUCAGUCAUGAAUUAUUGCACUGAAAGGCAAUCCUAUUUUACUUCUGCUUCAACCUCUUCUACUCUAGAAAAACAAAUAUGAUUUUCAUUGCAUUUAUAUGUUUUAUGACUCAUAUUCUGUUGAGAUUUCCAUAACAACUCUUGUUUGAAUUAGGACAAGCACUUCCACUGUUCCAUUAUGUUAUUACAUAUUAAAAUGUUCAAUAUUUUUUGGUUAUGAGUGAAAAGGGACGAAUAAGCUCUCUUUGAAUCUAAUCUAAUUUCUUCUUAUUUUUGAUUAAUUCCAAACUCAUUCAUCCUAAGCGCUUGAAGUAUGGAAUAUUCAAUUCUAAUUUGCCCAUAAUUGUUUGAUAUUUUCCCGUUACAUUUCUUUUUUUCGAUUCAAAUCAUUUUUUGGGUCAAUGCCUUAAUUUCCCUUUUUUAAAUUUCUUUCAACUGUUAUUCCAAAUUUCACUUACAAAUUUUUAAAGAUGAGAAUGAGCAUUUCGUGGUUCAUUUUCAUUGUUUUGAAAUAAAUGAGAUCAAACACUGCUAAGAAGAACUGAUAUAGAUAAGAAUAAUUAGUUACGUCGCAAAUUUAUUUGAGCUUUGUUAGGGCCGAAACUAGCCUAUGUUAUGAUAUUAUACAACAAUAUAAUUCCGUCACAGUAGAUAAUACCAGGAACAACAGAAAUUUAAAAAAAAAGUGGAAUUAUAAAUCUUGCAGAUAAGAUUGAUUUGGCCUAAUAGUUUUUUUUUUUUGGUGAUGUUCAUUGAAUUAUAUUUUUUCUUUUUUCAUUAGUUUUUAUAAUUAAACAUUGAACAUAACAAUUGACACGAUUUAUCCAUUAUUUUAAAGAAGUGUUGAGUUUCUAAUGUGCCAUUCAAAGACCUGCAAAAAUAGUUUGUCUACCAAGGUCAAGGUCGUUUUUAUUGUUUUGUAUGAAGAACAUGAAAUUUAUACAUAUCUAAACAUUGGAAUAAUACAAUUGAAUGCUUCUGUAGGAAUGAGUUUAUUCAAAUAAGUAUGUGUUUGGUCUGAUUCUAAUUUAACCAUUUCCUUUUUUUAUAGGUACUCGAUUAUUAAAAGUUGUGUAAUAUUGAAACUUA